GCAUGCGCACUGCGGGGGCCUGGCGGGGGCCGGCGCUCCAGUCCCAGCCAGCGGCUCGCUCCUUGUCGCCUUCCUCCUCCUCCUCCUCCUCCGCUCCUUCCCGGGCGGGCUGAGCCGACGAGCCGGGCUUCAUUGUGCGCGCGGGGGCGCCGCCAGCGGAGCGAGGCCCGGCCUGCCUCCUCCUCCUCCUCCUCGCCUUCCCCACCCCUCAGCGCCGCCCGCCCGCCUCCCUCACCGCCCUCGCCUCAGCAGCAGCAGCAGCAGCAGCAUGUCGGGCCGGUCGGUGCGGGCCGAGACCCGCAGCCGCGCCAAGGAUGAUAUCAAGCGGGUGAUGGCGGCCAUCGAGAAAGUGCGCAAAUGGGAGAAGAAAUGGGUAACAGUUGGGGACACCUCCCUGAGGAUUUACAAAUGGGUACCAGUAACGGAGCCAAAAGGAGAUGAUAAAUCCAAGAAUAAGAAAAAGGGCAAAGAUGAAAAGUGUGGGUCAGAGGUCACUACCCCAGAGAACAGCUCCUCUCCUGGAAUGAUGGACAUGCACGACGAUAACAGCAACCAGAGUUCAAUAGCUGAUGCUUCUCCGAUAAAACAAGAGAACAGCAGCAAUUCGAGCCCCACGCCAGAGCAAAACUCAACAGGACAAGCCGACGGUCCUGACUCAAAGUCUGACGAUACUCAGACAGAUGCAAAAGAGGAGCCCGGUUCAGAAGAUGCAUCCGAUGAACAGAAUUCACAGUCUUCAUUGGAUAAUUCCAUGAAUAGUUCAGAAAAAGUGGAAACUCAGCCGCUGGCAGAAAACGACGCUGCCACAGAGACAUCUAAAAACUCUCAGGACUCUGAAGGAGCGCCACCUUCUAAAAAGAUGAAAGUAGAGGCUCCCUCUCAACAAAACGUCGAUGAAAUAUAGACUCUAGAUCCCCCCCCCCCCCCGGCCAGUUUUUACGUAAGGUACAUCAGUGGGCUAAAUUAUAGAACAACCAUACUUAAGUAUCUUGUCUCGGAGGAAGAGAACUCCUAUAAACUUUUCAAGUUACCAAGCAAAAAUCCAAGAAACCCAAGCAAUGGCUUCAGACACUGAACUUUCUUUCCUGUGAAACGAAAUGUUGAGAAUUUUAAGUUACUGUCUCUGAAAUGGUUGGAGUGAACAACUCAGGAGGGGUCUACGCACUGUUUCUAACGUCAGAAUUACAAUUACGUUGCUGCUGUAUUUUUUUUUCCAUUUUUCUAUUUAACAUUAUAAGAUAUAUUUAAGGAUGGUACAGGUCAGGUAUUAUCUGUUCAUGUGAAAUUCACGGUUCUGAUUUGAUGUCUGCUCUUUUCUUUUUUGUGUGUGUGCCUUGUGUUCCAAAACAAGCCAGUGCUAAUUUUUUAAAUGUGGGUUUUCUCCCCUCCCCUCCUCCCCAUCUCUUGCAAAGUGGCCUAUGUUUCUACAAUGCCAUAUAGGAAGCUUUAGGUGUGGUUUUUUCCCCCUUCAGUUUUAUACCCUGGUGCUUACUGUUCUAACAUGGAGAUAUUGUGAAAGAAAUCAGGAAGCUGUUUCCACUGUUGAAAUCUAGAGACAAACCAUGGGGUUAACACAACGAAAGUUUUUUUAAGCACAGCAUUUGAGCCGCUGUAAAACUUCUUCUGCACAGUCCCUGUGGACAUGUGUGGGAGUGGAGCAUCAAUACAGCUUGUGUAGAGACGUUCCUGGCGUUUCCAUCCUCUAGCUGCAUAAUAGUCUCUAGAAACAAACCGGCUUAUUCAAAUGAAUGUGUUUUGCUAUUUCCUUAAAUUAGCACUGAUUUGGGUAAGUAUGGAAGCAAAUUAUGAAUAUUAAGAGAUAUCUCUAAAUAGCAGUUUCUGAACUUCAUAAAGAUUCCUCUAUAAAUACAGUUUUGCACAAUAUACAUAAUCUGAAAACUGGGUUUUUUUCCUCUUGAAUUG